AUGAGUACCGAUGGUGGUCGUUUUCCAUUCUACGCCGUGCAAAGGGGUCGUGUUCCUGGCGUGUAUCGCUCAUGGCAAGAGUGUGAGCAACAAGUCAAUGGCUACCGAAACAGCGAACACCGUGGGUUCCGUGAUUUGGUUGAGGCUAUGGCUUGGCUACGCAGCGCGGCAACUCUUCCCGCCCGUCAGCCAACACCACCUAUUCAAACGGGGAGAAGAAGACCUUUGAGGUUGUUAGAGGAGGCCUUCUAUUCAAUCUCUUCAUCCCAGCAAGUAUCUUCCGGAGUAGUUCCAUCGAAUAGCCAGAAAUGUGGUAGUGGCAGCAACCCUGAUGAACAGGGAGUGGUGGGGCCAGAUGAUAAUGUGCUUUUUGGUUUCAUGGUGGUUCUCCCCCACAAUGGCAGAGGACUAGAUCUUGUGGCUCACGAUUUGUUGUGCUACGAAGAACGCUUUACUCGUCAAGAAGUUUCAUUUACAAUGUUGGAUAAGAUUCUUUUUGCCAUCGAUUAUACUAUUCUUGAUUACAACCAUCGCAUUGUUGUACAUGUCACGGCGCAGUUGAAUCAGGACAAGAAGGAAGAAAUUGACCGAUUGAACGAGAGAAUUCGUAAACUGGAGCUUGAAAACAAGUACCGGGUUGUAAGGGAUGAUCUUGUUGGUGUUUUGGUUGGAUUUUUAGUAACAAAGAUACUUAAUCUGGAUCCUAAUGGAAUACAGUUUGCCGUUGGGUUCCCUCAAGGUGUAAUAAAGUAG